GAAGGAGUUCAACCUUCUAUGACUAGCAAUGAAAACGAGCUGGGGUAAAGCCAGAUAGUUAGUGUAAUAUGUCGUGGCUUACACGAAGCUCCUUCCGUCAUCCCUAUCGGUCUUUAUUAUCCGUCUUUACCCUCUGGAAGGCCUCAUUGCUUCUCCUGGCCAUCUUAACUCCCGGUCCCGGGUACGAUACCUCCACGACCUUAUUCCCAUGGCACAAGAACACAGAUGAAACAGAAGGAAUCGUUCAAACCACCUUGAGGUGGAUAUCUACCAAAUUGACAAGAUGGGAUUCCAUUUACUUUACUGAAGCGGCCAGACGAGGCCAUCUCUUGGAGCAAGAAUGGGCAUUCAGUUAUGCGUUCUCCAAAUUCAUUAAUCUAUUGGCCAGUGGCUUUACAAACAUUGGGGCUAUCCCCUAUGAAUUCAAGCAUAGUGCACUCGGUAUUGCCAUUUCCCACGCAGCUCAUGCCAUCUCGGUGGUAGUUCUCUAUCGUUUGGCAUGCGGUCUAUUCCCUGGAGCGCAAGGACGCAAGCUAGCUUUUAUCGCAGCAUGCCUACACAUCAUCUCGCCUGCUGGACUUUUCCUAUCUGCUCCCUGCACGGAGAGCACGUAUUCUCUCCUAAGCUUCACGGGCACUCUUCUCUUUGCUCAAAGUUUUGGUGCUCGCGGCGUCUCCACCAGCAUCAAAGAUAGCCUCCUAGUGCUUGCGGGUAUCCUGUACGGCUUAUCCACCGCUGUUCGUGGAAAUGGUCUGCUCAAUGGCAUCGUUCUUUUCGAAGAAGCAUGUCGAGUCUUGUAUUCAUUAACGCAGGGCUUCACCUUUGUCAAGUUUCGCCGCCUGGUUGCGGUCGGUCUCGGAGGUAUUUGCACGGGGCUCGGAUUUGUGUUGCCGCAAUAUAUAGCCUACCAGCACUUCUGUGCCACCCACGAAGACCCGUCAAGAGAAUGGUGUCAUCGAACUAUACCCAGUAUAUACAGCUUCGUUCAAGACUGUUACUGGGACAAUGGCUUUCUUCGGUAUUGGACUCUGUCCAACGUGCCAUUAUUUGCACUAGCUGGUCCAAUGUUGGCCAUCUUGGUGUACUCUGCCAUCUGGACGCUCAGGGUGGGUUCUAGGCGGAGGGAAACACCCACAAAUACAACGCAGCCAGGGUUCCCGACCGGCCAACUGACAGGUCGUUUAUUGCGUAGCCUGGCAGCUCCUCAGAUUACCCUUGCCGUUAUGGUGUUUUUUUGCAAUCAUGUGCAGAUCAUCACGCGAUUGGCCUCUGGUUAUCCAGUGUGGUAUAUAUGGACAGCGACUUCGAUUAUGAACAGAUAUACAGGUCCUUCAUCUGCAUUGAAGCGGCAGCUGGAGAAGACGAAUGACCAAAAUGGUUAUUGGCAGAUAAUUGUUCAGUACAUGGUGAUAUACGCUGCUGUGCAGGGCGUACUUUUUGCAGCGUUUCUUCCUCCGGCCUAAACCAGCAUAGGCGAAGACGGUGUAUAUAAGUAAUAUCAUUGUUCUUUAGAAAACCGUGGUCAGAGGCCGGCUUUAUAACAUCAAUGUCGGCUCUAAGCUACUUUCUGGACAAACUACCAUAGCCCCAUCCUCUACUACAGCAACAUGUGCAUCAUGGCAAGACGUUGAGCUACAUUGACAUUACGACACAGAAAUAAUGAUCAAUGAUCUGGUCAGUCUCUGAUUGCUCAUAUCAUCUAGAUAGAUACACUAAUACAGGAAAGGAAGGACGCCCAAAGAAUAAGC